AUGGGGAGAAGCAUGAUGGACGGUUCAUCAGAGAUCUGUAAAAUUAUCUGGGAGAGAAGUGGUGAGAUCACGUCAUCACAGAUUCAUCUGACACUCAGCGAAAUAUUGGCAAAGGUCAAUAUCAAGAAAACUCUUUUUGGUAAGAUCAGAGACUCUGAAGGAAAAAGAAAAAGAUUCCUUUCUACAACUGAAACACAUCACGAUAUACAUGUAAAUUGUUUGGGAAAAAAAAGCAAGAGUGAAGAUACUGAUAGAGAAGCAAGCAAGGAUAACAGUAAUAAUAGAUUAGAAGAAGCCGAGCACGAAGAGAGCGAAAACCUGGUUAAAAAUCUUCUUGAUGAACUACAACAGUGCUCCGAGAAAACGAAUAAUUUAAUACGUAGUUUUCAAAGAUAUUGCAGUGAAUCUGUCAAUGAAUUAACUCGAAAUGAAAUUAUGGACCUAACUCCAUCUUCAGAGUUUGUUUUAAGAUAUACAGAUGAGAAUGACUACAUGCAAGUUCUAAAAGAAAUCUUUGAGUCUGUCGAUAAGUUGUUUCUAGAAAGUGUGAUUGAAUUUCUUAAUGAGUUUUUUUCAGAGCUAGAAAGUUUAUUGAAACCAGAGGAGGAUCCAUUUUUGAAAAAAUUGAAAAGACUAUUAUUUGAGACAUUACCAGCUUUGCAACCUUAUGAAAUUUGUGUGAUAGAAGGAUCCAGACCAUAUGUCGUUAAUGAUAUGAAAGAGAUGUCUGAUUAUGUUCAGAAUUCACGAGUGGGAAAAGAUAUUAUAAACUACACUGUCAUAUCCGAAGUCAAGUUGAAACAUGCACCGCCACUGCAAUUCAAGGCCUAUAUAGUACAAAGCAUUGGACUAAGAAAAUAUUGGCUUUUUGAAAUCGAAAUGUGCGAAAUUCCAACAGAUAUAGAAGGUGUCGACUUAUUCUCUUCUUUCUUUAAGGCAGUUGUGACUUGGGCGUUAAUGGUUAGAGACACUGAUCAAGAGUUCUGA